CAGAGCAAGAGCAGCAGUGACAGGCUAUCAUUGUAACGUUAGAAGUCAAACAAUUUCCCAAAUGAUGGGGUUUUCGCGAUAAAGCGCUUUCGAGGCUGCACAUGUGUAGACUCCGCAGUCUUACAAUCCCCACAAUGCUUUGCGCACGGAACAAUUUCCAAAUCUUUGGCGGAAAUCGCGCUCCAUUUAAGGCGGGGCCUCGCAUAUGACGCACACCUGCACGUCUGUUAGCCUGUUCCACAAUUCUUCGUUUUCCGAGGCUAUGAAGGAUUCUUGCCUCGCUUCUGAAGCAACUGACUCGGAGGUACAUGUGCUACCAAGCAAGCCUCCUCGACAUUGAGAAACACCCUGUGUUGGCUAACUAAACUAACGUGAGCCGACCGCAAAGGGAUGGUAGUGAGUUAGCUGGCUAGCUAGCUGCUGUUUUACAUUACAUUACAUGGCACUUGUUAGACGCUUUUAUCCAAAGCGAUUUACAUACUCAAUACUGUGGACAGUCCCCACAGGAGCAAUUUGGGGUGAAGUGUCUUGCCCAGGGACACAACGACAUGCUGACUGCAGUGGGGUUUGAACCUGUGAAUCCACUGUGCCACAGCCUCCCUUAAGCUGUUGCUUUACUGUAUCUGUUACUGUAUCUGUAUCUGAACACCGCAAUCAUGAGCGAAGAUGAUCAUUCAGCCUCUGCAAACAGAGACAGGGACUCCACUCUCCUGCUCACUAAAGACGGACAGAGGUACUACGUGAGUAAGAGCGGAGUAGUUGACAGCAGAAAUGUGAUAACUCCGCACGAACCGGACAACAACGCCUCCUCCUAUGACAUGGAUGAUAUGGACGAAGAGAGCGAUGUUCUGGACACUUCGGACCCCAGAGACAGCGCCGCCAGCCCGGAGGAACUGAACGACGAUGAGACCUCGGAGGGGGACAGCGCCCCCAAACAGUGCACCUAUGACGGCUGCACGGAGACCACCACGCAGGUGGCCAAGCAGCGGAAACCCUGGAUGUGCAAAAAACACCGCAACAAGAUGUACAAAGACAAGUACAAGAAGAAGAAGAAUGAUCAGGCCAUGUCCACUGGAAAAAUUGAUGAGAACUCAGAGGAGCGGCCUGUAUCAGUAAACAAACAGCGUCUGGGCGCCAUGGGGGACCGGCCAACCAGACCCUCCCUCAUAGAGCAGGUCCUCAACCAGAAGAGACUGUCCCUGCUCAGAAGUCCAGAGGUGAUCAGCUUCCUGCAGCAGCAGCAGAAGCUCCUGGCCUCACAGAGCCGCAGCCAGCCACAGCAGCAGUUCCCGGGCUGUUGACGCUGGGCAGUUUUACCUUAUUGUGAUGCAUAGAGAACACUGAAAAAACACUGGUACUGCAUUCGUAAAUAGAUAGUAACCAUACACUGUAUACAUUGAAAUCCCCAGCCAAACAGCCCUGCUUAAGAAAGAAUAACAAGGGACAUUUUAAACGCGUGAUGAGACUGCUGGACUAAACUACAUGAACUGAUCUAAAUCACUUGAAAGAUAUGCAUUUCUAACCAUGUCUGGUGCUAUCUCUCUUCUCUUGUCAUUUUAAUUAUCGUAGUAGCAUUAAUUAUGAAGGCAUUGUAUUAUAAUUGUCCAGAGGCCUGUACUACGAAUCCAGUUCAACAUACCCUGGAUAUGUUUGAGUUACCCGGUUUACCUAAUCCAAAACAAACGCGC